UCUAGAGUAGAGCAGCAGCAGUAGCAGCUGCAGAUCCAAGGCUACGCUAGUUCAGUAGUAGGGUCUAUUGCAUCCGUGUCUCUCCUGCCGGGACUUGUCAGCGCUCGUCUUGACCGUGCUGCAUAGCAGUAUUAUGCGAGCACCGUCCGGAGUGUGGGAGCACCGUGUGAAGUGAGUUUCCUUGAAUCAUCUAUAUGGGCCAUCUUCUCUCGAAAAAUGGUUACCGCCUGAAGAAGAGGACACGCAAGCUGCAUCACAGAAAGAAGAAGAAGAGGAACUGUUUCCUGCAGGGGCCUUGCAUGCUGUGCUUCAUUGUCCACAGCAACAACAGCAAUCUCGACGACGACAACAAUCAUUUGGAGGCUGGUGUCAACGGCAGCGGGUGCCGUCACAACAGUGUCACCGGAAUUAGUGUCCCUGGUGUGGGUGGAGUUGGCAUUGGAGCAGUAGCUGCCUCGAAGCUUGCUGAGCGAUACACCACACUCGCAUCUCCUGAGGACUGCUCCAAGUUCCUGCUGUCGCCAAGGGAACUAUCUAUUUGGGAGGGCCAGGGGAGGAGCCUAUUAUCAGCUGUUCCUGCCAAAUUGAUUGCACCGCCAGCAUUGUUUCGAACCGCUGGGGUGUCAGUGACUGUACCUAUACCUGUGCCUGUGCCUGGCUGCACCAGCGACUACACUGAGAUGGUGUGUAAGAGGAAGUGCUCAGAGGUGCAGAGAUGCACCCCCUGUAAGCAGCCGCGCUGUGCCUUCGCUGCCCCUGAGGGAGGGCUGGAGAAUGGAGGAGUGGGAGGAGGCGGAGAAGGGGCCGCCUCGAACUCUGAAACUGGCCACUGCCACCUUCCCCUCUGUCCGCUGCCCUCAUCCUCCUCCUCUUCUUCCUCUGCCUCCUGCUCUUCCUCCUCACCUGCUGAUGGCUGCUGUGGGUUGGGUCUUCAUGCUGAUUUGCCCCACAGUUCAGACUCAUCCCCCUGCUGCCUGCAUCAUUAUGACGACUGCCAGGCGAGAAGUUCUGAUGCUGCUGAUCAUUUAAGUAUCAACCACCUGCCUUCCUCCAUCCUUCUUAAGGUGCUCUCCCACUUGACAGUGAAGGAGCGCUGUCUGUGUGCCUCUCUGGUUUGUAAGUACUGGAGGGACCUCUGCUUGGACUUCCAGUUCUGGAAGCAAAUCGACCUCAGUGGCCUACAACAAGUAAAUGAUGAUCUGCUGGUGAAAAUAGCCUCUCGGAGGCAGAAUGUGACAGAGAUUAACAUCUCAGAUUGCAGAGGGGUCCAUGACCACGGUGUGUCCUCCCUGGCCUCUCAUUGUCCAGGCCUGCAGAAGUACACAGCAUACCGCUGCAAGCAGCUGGGUGACAUGUCCCUGUCAGCCCUGGCCACACAUUGCCCUCUGCUGGUGAAGGUGCACGUGGGCAACCAGGACAAACUAACAGACGACGCACUAAAAAAGCUGGGAGAGCACUGCAGUGAACUGAAGGACAUACACUUGGGUCAGUGCUACAGUAUCACAGAUGAAGGCAUGGUGGCCUUGGCGAGAGGAUGCCCUAAACUGCAGAGACUCUACUUGCAAGAGAACAAACUGGUCACUGAUCGGUCUGUGCAGGCUGUUGCAGAGCAUUGUCCUGAGCUGCAGUUUGUUGGUUUCAUGGGGUGCCCUGUGACCUCUCAGGGAGUCAUCCAUCUUACUGCGCUGCGUAACCUGAGCGUCCUGGACCUGCGGCACAUCUCUGAGCUCAACAACGAGACGGUGAUGGAAGUGGUGAGGAAAUGUCGCAACCUCAGCUCCCUCAACCUCUGCCUCAACUGGAGCAUCAAUGACAGGUGUGUGGAAAUCAUCGCCAAGGAGGGGAGAAGUCUGAAGGAGCUCUAUCUUGUGUCUUGUAAAAUCACAGACCACGCUCUGAUAGCCAUAGGCCAGUAUAGCAGUACCAUAGAGACUGUGGAUGCUGGCUGGUGUAAGGAUAUCACAGACCAGGGAGCCACACAGAUCGCUCAGAGCAGCAAGUCCCUCCGCUACCUGGGCCUCAUGAGAUGUGACAAGGUAAACGAGGAGACGGUGGAGAGGCUGGUGGUCCAGUACCCUCACAUUGUGUUCAGCACGGUGAUGCAGGACUGCAAGAGAACCCUGGAGAGAGCUUAUCAAAUGGGCUGGAGCCCCAACACAUCGAACACUUCAUAGUUGCUGCUGAAUAACACACGCACACACACACACAGCUACACAGAGGCCCUUUUGGUGUACAGACACACACAAUAUUUGCAGCUCAGUCAUGUUUGCUUCUCAUCCACUGUUCAAACAUGCAUGUGAACAUGUAGCUACACACUCACCGACAGAGGUGCAGUCCAUCAACUGGUUCAUUUGAAGCAAAUUUCCCAUUUUAAAAACUUAAGUGAAAUACGGGCCUCCUGGUGUUUUAUAAUUAAGUGAGACAUUAUACACCUACCAAUCAUAGAGUAUAGUCCUCAUUAUCAUUGGCUGUAAGUCACCAACAAUAUGGUGUACUUUCUUUAACCAGAACCUUGAGUGACUAGUUUGUUUUGGUGCAAAGCAGUACACUUAUUUGAUUUCUACUAUAAGUGAGCGCUACUUGGUCCAUAGAGUAUUAAGUGUCAUACAUUUUAAGUCCUCCGUGUCACCUUGGAUGGAGAGGAGGGUGCGGUGCAUGGUGAGAGUGCGGUCUGGUCUUGAACACGUGAAAAAGAUCCAAACAAAAAAUUAAAUCCAUUAAAUCAAAGACAUUCAGUGAUGUUCGGACUAGAAUUAUUUUAAAUGAAAAUAGAUUAAUAAAGGUUUGUUUGCCCCAGCUGGAGCCGGUGUUCCAGUGCAUUGUGCCCAUGUGAGUCCACUGAGGUUUUUACUUUCUCCAAACUGAACUCAACUGCUGCUGUGAGAUCGCACAAGGCAGACCAGAGACUUGGAGAUCUGGAGGCAACAUCCACACACUUCAAACCAGAAGACAACUGAGCCAUCAGCGCUUCAAACCUCACUUUCGGCAUUUUGAGAAAUCUGUGAUUUUUAUUUUGUCCAGCUAGAUUUUUUUUCUUAGAUGUUCAGUACAGUAUUAAAGGCAUUUGUGGACAUUGAAAUUGUUGACUAGGCUCCAUUUGAAGGACAGAGCUCUUUGUUGUGACUCAAUAUGCAGAUUGUUGUGGUACAGAAGAAAGAUUCAGGCCAGAAUCAGUCAAAACCCUGGCAAAUUUAUGGCAAGAAAGCAGCAUUCAUUAUGUUCUAAAAGUGCAUGUUUACACUGAGAAGCGUACCUUAUUUUUUCAGCUGGAUAUGGAGUAGUCAUGAUGUGAAGCUGGGAUUGACAUCCAUAUGACUUUGGAACAAUGCUGCUUUUAUUGCCAUACAUAGAUUUACCGCUGACUGAGCAUCACCUUGAGUCUUUACAGAAUGAAUUAAACAGUGCUUGAAAUAGAAGUUGCCUUUACCCAAAGAUCCUGGGUCAUAUUAUUAGAAUAUUAACCACAGCCACCUUGUUAACAGGUAAGAGGAAUUGUUGCCUUAAGUGGUUAGUAAUUGCCAUCCAAUUAGUAACCUGUAAUUGACCCAGAAUUUACUAAAGAGAUGUUUAUCUGCUCUGCGUUAAUCAAAUACCCUUAUCCCAUUAUUUGAUCUGAUAUAUACAUAUACAUAUAUAUAUAUAUAUAUACUGUGUAGGAUUUACUUAGCCUAAUAUUGGUUUUGAGCUUAUACUUGUAACAUUAGCUAUGUAGCAAUGCAAUGAGGGAUUUAUCUUUCUUAGUGGUAUAGGAUGUAAACAAAAAACUGGCUUGGGCCUAUAACCAGAGCCAGUAGAAAUUGGUAGGUGAGAGCUGAUCAUUUUACAUCUAUUCUAUAGAAACUCAUUAGUGUACAGUUAAAAAUGCAAAUAACCAGGGUAUUUUUCUAUGGUGUGAACCAGUUCUGGACUCAGCCUCCACACUCUGUCACUCAGAUAUGAACAAUAGCUUUCUGAGCUUAGGGUUUGAGUAGAACUGUAAACUUUCUACAAGCAUAUAGAGACUUUUAAAAACAAUUAAAAUAGACAAUUAAAAACACAUUCAUUUUAUCCUUGUCAGGAUUUGUAGACUUUAAACGAUGGAGAGCUUCUCCCUCGGCCUGUUUUUGUUCUGUUUCUGUUCUUUUGUAAUCCCCAUAUGCACUUUCUUCCCUGCUAGAUGUUGACACACUUGAUUCCUGAUUUGUUAAGGCAACCGUAAAUGACUGGAUUUACAUAAAGAUGAAUAAAACACUACUACUUAAAAUUUUUUUUCUCUUUUCCUUUUGUAUGUGUGGAAUUGAAGCAGGAGAAGAUUUUUCAGAAUGUGGAAGACUUUUCUGUUCAUUUUACAUCUUCUGUGGACUGCUUGAACAUUUUUUUCCAGCAGAGUUUUCCAGACUUUUUAUUACAUCAAUUACAUUUCAACACAAAGAGCAUAAUAACUAUAAUGGUUCACACAGUGAAAUUUAAAUCUAACACAGAUUGCAUCUGUAUUCUCAGGUAAAAUGAAAAAUAAGGAUACCAGCAUGUUUUCCAUCACAGCCAAAGGCCUUGGAAUGCGCAAGUAUGACAUACCGAAGUCUCUGUAUAUUGUUAGAAAUAAAGAUGUUUUCCACAGAUUCCAGUGCUUUGAUAAUGUCUUUUCUAUUGAGCACCAUGA